ACUUCCGUCGAGUCACUGGUUAGCAACAAGGUGAACCCGGAGCGGUUUCGGUGGAGAACAAAUAGAACGAACGCACCUUUAGAGCAGAAAUACCGAGUCUAAAAGUUCCGUAUGUGUUUUUUUUUAGAAACAAGAAGAGUUCGGGAUGUUUCGGUCUGACGUCACACCCUCUCUGACCCGGCAGAUCGGUUGAAUUAGUCCGUCUGCGGCAGCUCGGUCUCCCGGAAGCUGAUCGUCGCUCGGUAUUGAACUGCUACGAAGACCGAAACUAGGAGCUCACCGAUACCCCCCCCCCCCCUCAGAGGGUCCUCCUGAGACGAGCUCACCGAGAAGCCCCUAGAGGGUCCGACCUGAGAACCCCCCCCCCCCCCUCAGAGGGUCCGCACUGAGACGGGCUCACCGAGACCCCUCUUAAAGGGUGCGCCCCGAGACCCCCAACAUUCUGCCUAGACGGGCUCUUCUUGAAGGCGGGUCUCCAGAGCCCCUCCAUGUGAUCCCGGUGGUCUUCUGGUCUCUUGAUGGGAGGCGGCCUGCUGCGGAGAGCACACAGCAGGCGGCCCGUCAGAGCGAGGUCCCGGCCUGUGGCCCUCACAUGGAGUCCCUGGCGGGGUACGUCUACAAGGCGGCCAGCGAGGGCCGCGUCCUGACGUUGGCCGCGCUGCUGCUGAACCACCCCGAGGCGGAGACACGCGACCUGCUGGGCUUCGUUACCCAGCUGGCCGGACAGCGCUCUACGCCGCUCAUCAUCGCGGCGCGGAACGGACACGACAAGGUGGUGCGGCUGCUGCUGGACCACUACCGGGUGGACACCGAGCAGACCGGCACGGUGCGGUUCGACGGCUACGUGAUCGACGGGGCCACUGCGCUGUGGUGUGCGGCGGGGGCGGGGCACUUUGAUGUGGUGCGCCUGCUGGUCAGUCACCAUGCCAACGUGAACCACACCACCGUCACUAACUCCACCCCCCUGCGGGCGGCCUGCUUCGACGGGCGCGUUGACAUCGUGCGCUACCUGGUGGAGCACGCGGCUGACAUCGGCAUCACCAACAAGUACAACAACACCUGCCUGAUGAUCGCUGCCUACAAGGGGCACGCCGACGUGGUGGGCUUCCUGCUGGAGCACGGCGCCAACCCCGACGCCACGGCCCACUGCGGCGCCACCGCGCUGCACUUUGCGGCCGAGGCGGGCCACCUGGACAUCGUGCAGGCGCUGGUGCGGCGGCAGGCGGCCAUGGUGGUGAACGGCCACGGCAUGACGCCCCUGAAGGUGGCGGCGGAGAGCUGCAAGGCGGAGGUGGUGGAGCUGCUGCUGGCGCACGCCGACUGCGACGUGGCGAGCCGCAUCGAGGCCCUGGAGCUGCUGGGCGCCUCGUUCGCCAACGACCGGGAGAACUACGACAUCUUGAAGACGUACCACUACCUGUACCUGGCCAUGCUGGAGCGCCACCGCGACCCGGCGCGGCCUGUCCCCAAGGAGCCGCUGGCCCCGCCCAUCGAGGCCUACGGCGGCCGCAGCGAGUGCCGCACGCCACAGGAGCUGGAGGCCAUCCGCAACAACCGGGACGUCCUGCACAUGGAGGGGCUGAUGGUCCGCGAGCGCAUCCUGGGCUCGGACAACAUUGACGUGUCGCACCCCAUCAUCUACCGCGGCGCCGUGUACGCGGACAACAUGGAGUUCGACCAGUGCAUCAAGCUGUGGCUGCACGCGCUGCGGCUGCGGCAGAAGGGCAGCCGCAACACGCACAAGGACCUGCUGCGCUUCGCCCAGGUCUUCUCCCAGAUGGUGCACCUGAAGGAGGCGCUGCGGCCCGCCGCCGUGGAGCAGGUGCUGGGCUGCAGCGUGCUAGAGAUCCAGAGGAGCACGGCGCGCAUGGAGGCGGCCCCGGAGGCCGAGCUGCCGCAGGCCACCGACAACUACGAGUCGAACCUGUUCACCUUCCUCUACCUCGUGUGCAUCUCCACCAAGACGCUGUGCAGCGACGAGGAGCGCGCCCGCAUCAACAAGCAGAUCUACACCCUGAUCCAGCUGGACCCGCGCUCCCGCGAGGGCUCCUCACUGCUGCACCUGGCCAUCAGCUCCAGCACGCCGGUGGACGACUUCCACACCAACGACGUGUGCAGCUUCCCUAGCGCCCAGGUCACCAAGCUGCUGCUGGACUGCGGCGCCAACGUCAACGCGGUGGACCGCGAGGGCAACAGCCCGCUGCACGUCAUCGUGCAGUACCACCGGCCCAUCAGCGACUUCCUGACGCUGCACGCCAUCAUCAUCAGCCUGGUGGAGGCGGGCGCCCACACGGACAUGACCAACAAGCAGCAGAAGACGCCGCUGGACCGCAGCACCACCGGCGUCUCGGAGAUCCUCCUGAAGACCCAGAUGAAGAUGAGCCUCAAGUGCCUGGCAGCGCGCGCCGUCCGGCAGCACAGCAUCAGCUACCGCCAACAGAUCCCCAGCAGCCUGGAGGAGUUCGUAGAGCUGCACUAGGACCCCGCCUGGACCCGGGGACCUGAGAUCCGGUCUCCCGAGGACCUGGUGGACCACCCCUAGGAUCUUCAGAGGACCGGGUCCACUGCUGACUCUUCUCACGACCUUUGAACUGAUGUCAGUCGGCCGUGGGUCUCUGGACCCACGGGCUGAGGGCGGAAAGAAACUGUACUUUUUGGUCAUCCAUAUUUUUAAUUCUUUAUUUAAGGACUGUGCUUUAUAAAACUAUUGGGUGUGAUUUAUUUUCUAACGGUCAGACUGGUGGAGAAUGUGACUGUUGAACACCAAGUAUCUCCAACACGGCCCUGGGGGUGGAAUGUUUUGAGAGGGUGGGUCCCUUGGGAGCCGACCACAGCGUAGUCCUGCAGGGGGGACCUGGGUCCCCCCCCGCUGGGACCCCUGCUGGGACUCCUAACAACACUAAUGGAUUCAGGGUCUUCCCUACAGCUCAAUGUUGCUCCGGCUGAAUUGAGGCCAAAGAGUUUCCUUUUUAAUUGAGUGUAAAAUGUUUUAAGAGACGAUCUGGAGACUGCUUGAUUAAAUACUGAACCAGU